CUCUUUUUCUUUCUUCGUUUUGCAUUUGCUAUUUGCAAUCGUCAAAUUGUGCGCAAACGAAGCGAAAGUGCUGUGAUUAUUAUUAUUAUCAGGUUGCGAUAAUUUCAAAUUUUAAAGCUUUUUUUCUUAUUUAAUAAUUGAUAAAAAAAAGUAAUUCAUAUUAUAAAACAAAAACCAAAUUAAAAUAAGUAAAGAUAGUAAAAUGGUUGGUAAUCGACAUUUGCGAAGAUUAGUUAAAAAAGAAAGGGAUGAGAUAGCUAGAAAAUUAGAAAUCAGAGAGAAUUAGAUAGCGCAGAGCUACUUCUCCAAGAAAAUAAUGAAGUAGUGCAGGAGGAUAUUGAAACAGCUCAGGAUGAUAUUGAUAUAGUGCAGGAUGGCUCCAAAAUUAGGCGUUUAAUCUUCGAUGCAGAGCUUUUCACAGAACCUGUGCCAGAAGAGCAGCCAAUAUCGCUUUCGACAGAGCAACGUAUAAUGGCUGCAUUUAAUAAAAAAUUUUCUAAUUUAGAAAAAAAAGUUGAUGUGUUAUUAGAAACAUUGGCGGAGGCGGUGGCUCUGCUCAAGCUACAGAUCACAAAAGAGCCAGAUCUAUCACCAAAUGCCAUGAAUUUCCCGAUAGAGUCGACAAUGGAGUUGGAGCAUUUCAACUCUAUCAUAACUCCGGAGCUCACCGAUUUCUAUAUCAACAAAUUACGGAACUUAAUGGGGACGAGCACAUCGAUGGCAUGCAGCUUAAAAAAUGUGCUGGACGAGAAGCUCAUUUUGGAAUACAACUUAGACGGUACUUCGGGGAAGAGCUCGCUAAAAAAUUGUAAAGAAUUUUACAAUGUCCUGGAAUCGGCGGUGAAGAUGAAAAUACCCAACGAGCCAGCAGAAAAAGUGAUUCGGAAGGCUAUUCACAACAGUAAGAAUAGUCAUUUUCAGAUGAGCUCAAGAGAAAAAAAACUCAAAGCUCUGGCCACCUUAGAAAAUAAUUAAUAAUAAUUUUUUAUAAAUAAAGGUAAUUGGAAAAGUAAA